CUUUCAGUUGACUUAAUCCGACAUCUUUAGUGUCAGCCGCCUCCAAUAUUUUUCGUCGCAGGGCUCUGGUCUUGGUAUAAACACUUGUUCAAAAAAUAUUUUUAUAAUGAAUAAGUUUUUGCAAUAUUCUCUUCUCAAUGUAAAUUUUGCGAUAGUAUUUAUUUAUUGUUAGGGGAUUUGGUAAUGGAUUUGAUGUCACUGUAAUGUUAAAAUAUAAUAUAACAAGUAUUGUGCCUUCAUGAAAUACAAAUAAACUAAGAAUCAAUAGCUGAUAGUAAUGCUACAUAAAUUAUGUCUUUAUCAAAAUUAUUUCCUUGUUUUCAAUUUCGAAUGGAGAAUAAUAUAAAUAAACUGGACUAUAGCAAUAAUAUAUUGUCAGAAUCAUUUCCUCAAGUGUGGCAAUAUGAAAGGACUUUGGAGGAAUUGAAUGUAAUGUCAACAAGGAUCAACUAUAUUCCGCCGCAAUUAUUUUACUGUCAAGGACUUAAAGUUUUAUUGGCGAAUAACAAUAGCUUGGAAAGCAUUCCAGAAGCCAUCGGAUCGUUGCGCCAGUUACAGCAAUUAAAUUUAAGUAAAAAUUUUAUAUCAAACGUUCCAGACAACAUAAAAUCCUGUAAGCAUUUAACACACUUAGAUCUUAGCUGUAAUACCUUGCAAAAAUUACCGGAUGCAAUAACAUGUCUGAUUUCAUUGCAAGAGCUUAUAUUAAACGAAACAUAUUUGGAGUUUUUGCCCGCAAAUUUUGGUCGUUUGGUGAAUUUGCGUAUAGUAGAACUACGUACAAAUAAUUUAAUUUCAUUACCAAAAUCGAUUCAGCGUUUGACGAAUUUACAACGCCUUGAUAUUGGAUGUAAUGAGUUUACCAAAUUGCCUGAAGUCAUUGGCGAACUAAAGCAAUUGCGUGAACUUUGGUUUGAUUUCAAUCAAAUUCAAGAUUUUCCAAAUCAGAUUGGAAAAUUACGGGAACUAGUACAUUGUGACGCACAUGGAAAUUGCUUGAGUUACUUGCCAAAUGAAAUUGGCAAUUGUCGUAAUUUAGAGGUUUUAACAAUUUCAAUAAAUAAUUUAACAGCUCUACCUUUUAGCAUUGGCAUGCUCAAGUCUUUGGUAACAUUAAAAUGUGAAUCAAAUGAAUUGACCGAACUGCCUAGUAGCAUAUCUUAUUUGGAAAAUUUAGAAGAAUUAGUUGUAAGUCACAACAAACUGAUUCGUUUACCAAAUACAAUAGGAAUGUUAAGAAAAUUACGGUAUUUAUUUGCUGAUGAUAAUAAUUUGCGAAAAUUACCUGAUGAAAUAUGUUCUUGUUCCGUACUUAGUGUCCUAAGCAUUAGUCGCAAUAAAAUAGCUGCAUUGCCCGAUAAUAUAGGACACUUAACGAAUCUCAAAGUUUUGAAUAUUGUUCAAAAUAAUAUCGCUACUUUACCUGUGACUCUCUUAAGUCUAGUAAAUUUAACAUCUUUGUGGAUUAGCAAUAAUCAAUCUCAACCUCUAAUACCAUUGCAGUAUGCAGACAUAUCAAAAAAAACUCAACUGACUUGUUUCAUGCUACCUCAGUUAGGUGUAAUGCAAGCACCGGCUGAGCGAAAUAAUUGCAUUAGUAUAGAAAACAACGUUGUCGAAGAAGAGCAACUUUUAAAAGAUGCAGCUAUAUCUAAACGUCGAAUAUGGUUUGCAGAAGAAACAACAAUAUUACGUACAAAUCCAGAAAUAGGGAUGUUACCCUUGACAACAUCGACGUCGAUAUCGUUUAAUAAUGACAAAGUAUUAUUGUCAUGUACUAAUUCAACCAACAAUACAACAACAAUAUCUUGUAAUAAUAAAGACCUAACUUCUGAAAACUCAAACAUAGUACGAGCAUCCAAUUUUAAAGACUUUCUUAUGCGGUCACCUACUCCCUAUCCUAAGGAAUUACGUUUAAUGGCAAAAUAUGUUCAUGUGAAUAAUGCAAAAACUCCUAAUAACUGCAAUAAUCACAACCAAGUAAUUUUUUUUAAUGAAAAUAGAUCGGAUAACAAAACGUCAAAUCAAUCUUUACAACCAAAAAACUGUCCUGAAUAUUGGUCAUGCAAUACAUCUAAAGAACAGCCGUUAGGUAAUAUAUCUGAGAUUGAUAAGCGUAACAUCCAAGUCGAAAGUAAUUUUAGCCAUGAAAACAUACAGUCCUAUAUACAACAGCGACAAAGACAGGACAUAGAAAUAGAAAAAGAUUUGCAAAAACAUACAGAAAACUCAAGCAAUCUUGGUCAACAAUUUGUUAAUGUAGAGAACAUUCCAAAACCACCUCCUUAUCAUAUAGCACGAUGUUUUACAAAAAAGAGUGUUGACGACUUAACAAAGUACGAAUUUGUACGAAAACGACAAGAGCAGAACCAUAAUUUUCACCGUUUUAAAGAUAUGAUUGACGACAAUAGCCAACUUUGCUUACAAACAGGUCCUAUUUUUAAAAAUUUAUCUAACAAACCUGAACUCAAUUUUGAUUUUGUAAAUAAUUUAAUGGUUCAAAAAAUUGAUCAGAAAGAAGAGGCAAGCAAAUCUGAAGAAUUUAAAGGUGCUGAAAAUACAUUGACAUCCAUUCUGAGCAAAAAUGAAUUAUUGGAACCGAUAAACACGUUACAAAGAUCAAAUAUUUUUCCAAAAACAAAAAACAGAUCGAGAACAAAAUGGCUUUUCGGUGCCCAUAGAAAUCCAAGAGUUAUACAAGUAAAUAUAAAUUUGGAGAAUGGAAGAGAUUUUGAAAUUGAUAUUUUACCUAACAAAGAAGGAAUAUUUGUUGUCUCGACGUCUUCAGAAUCAAAUGCAUCUCAAUUAAUACAACCAUUUGAUAAGCUUCUUGAAGUUGAUGGUGUCGAUUUUACAAACAUUAGUAUAAAUGAAGCACGUCAAGUAUUACACAAUUCUCGCCCUUUAAAAUCCAUUAUGCUUUCUCGUAAAUAAUACAUUGUAUAAAAUAUAUAAAAAUAUUUGAAAUAAUUAAA